AUGGGUGAGCUCGAUGUUGCAUCUGUAGUGGCAUCAAUUCUGGCAGCUCUAAACAACAGCAUAAACAUCUUCCAACGCCUCGGUGGGAAGAAGAAGCGGAAGACAAAUGCCAGGCCGGCACGCCCAUCUGAAGAAGAAGAGUGGCAAGAAAAAUCAUUGACGAACCGACCUUCCGAGGUCAAGCAUAGAUACAAUAGCCAUGUUGCGAAACAUGGCCACCGAUUUGAAGUCGGUGACGAGACUGCUCAUUUCAGUCUAGCACAUACUCUUCUUGUACUCAAUACUGGUUUGGUCAAUUUUCUCAAUCAUGCUCUAUCCAAGGACUCAAAAACGAGAACAACUUCUCGGAGAGCCUUGUUCAAUCUGUCUGAGACAGCAACAAUGGAGACCCUGACCACUCUGGGACAGUUGAGCUCUCGUCUCAGCCUGAGUCUGUCCCCGGAAGGAAGAUAUGGCUCCAUUGAGGAUGAGGCCACUAAGCAUCAUAGAAGGAGGAGACGACACUCCCCGUCAGGUCCAUCCGGCCAUAGCAGGCCGCAUAUAUCACCCUUGCUGGCGGACGGAGGCUGGGUCAGGUCCAAAAGUGGAUCAUCGGUGGUUUCUAGAGCCGAGGCAAGGCGAGCGAGAAACACAAUGGAAGAGAGUCCUUCACGGAGUAAAUCUACUCCAUCUCUACUCAAGUCAUCGGUGUCCCAGCCUGAUAUCUCCGGCGACAUUCGCGAAAGAAGGCGCAAGGAAGGAGAAGUUCGACACGAUCGCCCAACGAAUUCUGAGCAACUCACCCAACUACGAAGCCAACCUAGUCUGCUCAUUGUGUCUGCUGAUUCCUUCGAACAUCACUUUCCACAAGCAGCGAGUUCAGGUCGCUUGCAGAAAGCACCACAUGCAAGAGUUGGCGCCAGACCGAAGACACGGCCAAUCUCAACCGCAACCUUCUUGACAACCAGCACUAAGAUUGGGGAGAUACCUGAGUCCAAGUGGCAUGAUAGAGUGCUUUCACCAGAGGAGCUAGCGUCACGAAAAAUGCCAUACGUCGUCCCGCCUCCGCUGGACGCCGGGGAGCCGAGGCGGAAGAUGAAGGGGUUUAGAUUCUGGAAGAAGGACGAGAAGAAACAGGAGGUGCUUGCUCAUUAA